CUAGGCUCUGUAAAUGGGAAAGAAUACGGAUUAACCACACAAAUUGCUAGUUUUAAUUCCCGGCCUGCAAAAAGCCAUCUCCAGCUUCUGCGUGCAACUUCCAUCGGUGGGUUUUAACCACGAAUAUGAUGAGUUGAAAUUGCAGUAAAGAUUUCACACAAUGGUCAAGCCUGAUGUUUUAGAAAUGAUCACAGUGUUGCGGCAAGGAAUAAUCUUAAUAUUAUGGCGCAACCGUAUUCUGAAAUAAUUAUAAAGUGUUGCCGCAGUCCACAAGGCAACAAACUUCAAAAUCUGAUUCAGUUCACAUAUUUAUGAAUCAUAGCUAACAAAACUCUAAAGUGAUCGGGUCAUUGGAUGGUCAUUUUGUGCGAUAUAAGCUACAGCAUCUAUAACCCCUAUUCUAAAUAUCUGAUAAAUCUAGGCUCAACAGUAGAUAACGAUUUUAUUAUUUGUUAAACUCGAUUUUACCCAUGAAAAACACGCCUUUCGAAAUAAAAAUGAAAAAAUGCCGGUAUUGUCUGUCGCUAUAAUAGACAUUUUUCACUUAAUCUCUUACCAUGAGACAAAUGUCGAAAAUUCUAUUACCACGCCAACCUGAUCACGCAGUUGAAUUUAAACUGUGUAUUGUGCUUUUGUGAACGGCCAAAAUCCAGCUUGGAAAUCUUCUUAGUUAGUUGUGACAGAUUAUUGUUUUUGCAUUUUAAAAAUAUCAGAAUCUGCAUUGGCCCUAUUUGUUGGAACGUGACCUCAACAGUUAAUGAAACAUCGUAGAUGUUUUUGAAGUUUCCAAAUAUAGAAAGGUAUCUGUGACAGACUGUGGUGUGUAAAUUAAAUUAUUUUGUUACAGUGUUUGCUUUAUCCUUAGUCACAAGGCAAAUCUUUGGCACUAUGAGUUAAACGAGCUACCUAGCCGACACUGAAAGCCGAUAGGUUAAUUUCGAGAGUAAUACCUUCGAGUUGCAAAGGAUGGAUCUUAAUGACCAAAACUGAUCUAUGGUAAUUCCGACAGUGGAUCACAUGACUCGUUUGCCCUUAGAAUCAAUCAGGAUGAAUUGCACGUCAGCUUGCGUUUCCAAUUUUUUUCUUUCGCGGACCCUGUUCGUCGGUUUUUAGCGGAGAAUACAUGGAGCAUGUUUAACAUCAUCGAUCCUGAUCAUUUGGGCUCGCAACUCCGAAAACAAAAUAUGACAGAGUUUGAAGACCGUGGUAGCUGCGCCUCCAGCAUGUAUUUGCCCAGCUGCACGUACUAUGUUUCAGCCCCAGAUUUCUCGUCAGUAUCAACAUUUUUACCGCAGAGCACUACUUGCCAAAUGACAUUUCCUUACUCCUCUAAUUUAACACAAGUUCAACCUGUCCGAGAGGUGUCGUUCAGAGAUUACGGGUUAGAACAUUCAACUAAAUGGCAUUAUAGGAGCAAUUAUGCCCCUUACUGUUCUGCAGAAGAAAUAAUGCAUAGGGACUAUAUCCAACCACCGACCAGGACGGGAAUGCUGUUUAAAAAUGAUCCUGUAUACAGCCAGCGUGCAGGCUCAAAUCCAUCUUGCAAUUUCUACACGGCGGUGGGGAGGAAUGGAAUACUUCCUCAAGGCUUUGAUCAGUUUUUUGAGACAGCUUAUGGGAUUUCUGACUGCUCGAACUAUGAACAGUUAAGCGAAAAGUCUGGGUCGAUGCACAAGACCAUCACAGCAUCUGACAAAUUUUCUUCCGGCCAGGAGAAAGAAAGUACAACCGGAAAAAACACCGUCGAGUCCUCCAGUAACAUCGGGGCCGAGAAAAGCAGCCUAUCUGGCCCCCUGCGAUGCAGAAAGAAGAGAUGCCCUUAUACCAAAUACCAAAUCCGGGAACUUGAACGAGAAUUUUUCUUCAACGUUUACAUAAACAAAGAAAAACGCUUACAGUUAUCGAGAAUGUUAAAUCUUACCGAUCGACAAGUCAAAAUUUGGUUCCAGAAUCGAAGAAUGAAAGAAAAGAAACUCAGCAGAGACCGGCUGCACUUUUUUACUGCCAAUCCUUUAUUGUGACUGUGAUACAAUUUACUCUGUGGAUUAUCUUCCAGCAAUUCCCCUUUGCCUUAGUCAAUAUUUAUUUACAGAAGGAGUGUCUGCAAGGAUGAGAGGAUAAUUUUGUUGUUCUUACGCGGAGAAAAAAAACUGUCCUUACUACGAUCGAUGUAACUUUGGAUCUAAGGUGACACGGUUGUGCGGGAACCAUGACCGUAACGUGUUGUUAGAGAACAUUCUUACCUCAGUAUUUGGGUUAUUCAGUUCCAACCGAAGAAUUUAAACGAUAAACCGGGGUAACAGAGGGCUGAAAUGGAGCAAUCUUUCGUUUUAAGCGAUAGGUCAAUCAGAUAAUAUAGCAUUUUUUAUUUGCGUUAUAGUCAUUGUGCAGCUAGACUAACCAUACUCGUUCAAGCUGUGUGUAUCCUCAUUAAAAAAAUCCAUAUUUAUUAGUUUACUUUUUCCAUUGUAUUUCUUUAAGUAAUUAAACAAAACUAUAGCUAGAGAUGUCUAACGCUGUUAUAAUGAUAAUUUUGUUUUAAGAUUACAUACUAAUUGACAUAUCAUGGUAAAUGCAUGUGUUAAAAUGUGUUUUGUCUCAAAUGAAUAAAAGCCGUAUAAAAAAUCUUAUCAAUAAAGCUUUUUUAAUGAAUAGAUGGCUAGAGUGUGCUAAACAGUCUGACCGUAGGCCUCAAGUUGUCCCAGGAAAAAAAGCAAAUAUUGUUUAUCUCUGAAAUGCAGUACAGUACAAUUUGUUGCAAAGGCCAAAGUUAUGCGGUUGUUGGCAAUCUGAAAUAUACCAGAUGGUGCCUGAAAUGCUGGGCCUUUCCAGCAUUCUUAAUUGUUUAUUUUGCAAAUUAAUGUCUGGCUCAUAGAUUGCGCCUUUCUGCGAAUGGUUUUGUUUAAAAUGAAAAGCAGAAUAUUUACUUUGUGUUUUGACUGUAAACAUGAUAGUUAAUUACAAGUUUUGUAUCCAUAAUUGGAUUAAAUGUGUUUUGGCCUGGGAAUGAACUGACAAAUUUCAUUUUCUUGUACAGAACGUUAACAGCAAAGCAUUUUUAAAAAGAAGCUGAAUCCUAAUUUGAGGUGCAUUUAAAUUUAUAAACACAUCAGUGUCUCAGUGACAAAGAAGUGAGCAAGACUUCUCAAAACUUUUACGUUUUCUUUCGAAAAGGACUUGCCAAGUUUCCGUGCCGCAUGACAUAGCAUUGCUGUUUACAAAACCUUGAACUGUCUAGACAACAUCGUAAAGUUGACCGCUCUAACCAGCUUAAUGGCGACUUAUUACACCUUCUACUCACGACAUAGCAAACAAAAGAAAAGAAAGAAAUCAAAGAAAAUAGAUUUAAAAAGAAGGAAAACACAAAAGCAAUUGAGUUUAUAACGUCCAUCAUAUGAAAAAGUUUUUUUUUAAAGUUGGAUCUCAGAUAAGAUCCAUCAAACAUAUUGGUUGGACUUAAUUCAGAUUCGAAUGAAACUGAAAAAGUCGCAUCUGCUCGUGGGUAUGUUGAAGUAUGUUUCGAAAAGAGAAUUCGUAUAAUGUUGCCUUUGAACUUCUAUAAUGUCAAGGUCGUCACCUUUAACCUUUUGGAAGACAGAGGCGCCUGGUGGCUGUUGGGUUGUUCUUACAGCUUCCCUCCUAAAGACAAAAGCUUCAACAUGUUACUAAACCACGUUAUACUAAAAUGCGCAUGCUGAAGGCUACAAAAAGAUCAAUGUGAAAAAUCAGUUUUUCUUAUCUCUAUUGUAGAUGAGUAGUUGUGCUUUCGAAAAGUUACAUUCAAUAAUACACACUUAGGGCUUUUGUGCAACAUUAUUAAAUACGAAGGUUCCUUUGUUCUUCUAUGCUUAGCCGUUAAGAGCAGCAUCUUUCCAUAUAGGCUAUUCUCAUGCAGGCUGAACUGGUCAAAAAUCUUCAUCAUGCGUUUAUACAUUAUACCAAUCAGCCACGAGUGUUUCGGUUUCCAUGGAAAUGUGGGAGAAUAUAAUUUACGUUUCAAUAGAAUUUCCGCAGCAAUCAUUGCCAUUCUAAUUUCUCUGUAUCUAUAUAACACACGGUACUGUUCUAAGCAUAAUUUUACUAUCUGAAUAUCUUACUUAAAUUGCCAUAGCAUAUAUAACUUGAUUAGGGUCAUUAAAAAAUGUCAAAACAGCGAGGCUAGUUUGCAAUGAUUGCCAGGACAGUUAAUUCUGCAAAUGGCCACACGGCGGCGCGCUGUAGCUCUACGGUUUAGUCCAGACCACCAAUAUAUUGGUAACGGCUUUCGGGGAUGAAUAGGAAAUUAACUGAAAUAAUGUCAGUAUGCCAACUGAUUAAGUUAUCCUUGUUUCUGUCAUAUAUCUGGAACAUCGUGUCGAAGUUUGGGAUUAAAUGCAAAUCGGUUCAGUGCAAUCGUAAGUUUGCUUACUGUUGGCGUCAAAAAUUAAGGCGUAACUUUUUACAUCGUAGUGAGUCCCGAAUAAAUAAAACCAAUUUGCCAAUUGCAUUAUUUGGAAAGAUUUAUUAACUUUCACUCGGUAUAUUCGCUUAAGUUUGUUGAUCGGAGUUAUUGAGCGAAGUUACAAUGUAAUGGAACAGAGCCAAACGCAAACAUGCAACAUAAGGAAUAUAUCCGAGUUGAUACAUUAUUCUCUAAAACUCAAACCAACAAAGUGAAUGCGGAAAAGAACGGAGAGGAUAGAAUGCCAUUAGGUUGGGAAAUUAUGCGAAACCAUGUAACAAUAAGUGAAAAUGAUAAAAUCAAACAUCCAACGUUAUGAAAAUUACUAAAUAGUUACGUUUACUUUCUGGCGAUGUGGUCGAUUUAAAUGGCAGCACAGUAUCUGAAUCAUCUCCUUCUCAAUACCGCAUUCCUCCUUGUAACGUCUGCACAAUCCAGACAGUUUUAGCGGGGUUUUGAAAUGAAUAAUGUUGGAUAGUCAAGCAAUAUUUCAGGCAAUACAUUUCAUCUCGAUACUGACUUAGGGUUCACCACUGAUUUCCAACUCUUAAAAUGACAAAGGAAUACUGUCUACAUUCUUGCUGUCUGUUAAAUUGCUACUUUCUUUUGUAGAAGCGAAAAAUGGAAUCUUUAAGGAGUGUCUACUUCAAGGAAAAAAAAUCAAUAACGACAGCAUUUUCUCAGAGCUGGUAACAAGAAAUAUCUGGCGACAAUUUUCUAUGAACAAUUAAAGUGGAAUAAAAAAAAGUAUCAUUUCCCAGUCUAAUGGUAGUGUAUCCUCUCCUUUUGUUCCACAUUCACAGUGAUAGUUGAGUUGUUACAGAAUACGUAAUCAGCAGAAUAUUCAUUUCUCUUAUGAUGAGCAUUUUGCAAUAAUUCUAUUGUGCGGCAGGAAAUAAUGCGUAAUGUCCUGUAAAACAGACUGAAUGCUUUCUAAAUUGUCAAAGUGGUUGAUCGCAGUACCCGUGAUAGUCACUAAUUCCCGUUCCAACGCUUUUAAUGCUUGCUUAAUCAAUAAGUUAUUUUGAUUUACAUGUCCUAUUUGUCCAAAAGGAAGUUUCAGAAAAAGAGUUAACUCCCUGAUUGUGGAAAGGCUAGUUUAUUCACAGUUGGCCACUAUAUUCUCGUCAGUUCAGUACUUUAGCCAAAUUGUGCGAGAAAAAUUUGUUUUGCACUUAUUUAUGUAAUGUAUUUUUAUGACUGAAAAGUGUUUUGAAAAGGAAAUAUUUACCUGUCCAGUUAUUUUACACGAUGGUGACAUCAUGUUAAUUCGACUCAGAUAAAACGCGUUGAAUUUAAAACAUGAGCAUGCUAAUAUUCCGAGACGUUGAAAUGUUUCUUGAUACAUAUGGUAGUUACUCAUAGUAGAAACGCAAUAGUUUAUUUAAUGUGACAAGGAGUGAAUUGAUUUUAAUAUGUGGCACUCAGUUGCUAGUCGUUCGCAAUUUGUAAUCGGACAUAAUUAAUGCGGCAAUUGUAUUCAAUAUAAUUUAGCUUUCACUCACAAUUUAACUGAAAACGCUCGUAACCAAAAAUAUUUCCGAAGUAUUUACAAGUAACAUGAGAAGGUUUUUUUAAAAAAAUCAACAGUGUUGACAAACUAAUAUAGGACGAGGUAAGCUUCAGUACGCAUUUUAGUUGGAUAUUUAUGAACUAUUUCGGCUAAAGAGUAUAGCUUAUUUCAAUCUUUGUUACAUUUAUCUGUCAACCAUAAACAAAAGCUCAAGCUGAAAUUAAUAGCAGGCGCGUCAAGCUAACAACCUUUCAUUUUGAGUUCUGAGCGUGGCAAAACGGUCAAAAGAUUCAAGGUGAAAGUGAAGGUACAAACGGCUGGCGGUUUCAUGGUCACAAGACCAUGCCAGUUUAGGCUAGUGGGAAGCCUGAAAGGAGAAAUGUGAGCCUCCAUCAAAGUACAGGGCCAACAGCUUGGUUAACGGUACGAGAAAAAACAGAAACAAAUCAAUCAAAACACCCGCACUGCAAAGAUUUAAAAAUUAUACAGCCAACUUUUUUCGAACUUAACUGUUCUUUCCAUGGUUUUGACAAUAAAGUUGUUGUUGGCAUGUGUCUGUACGGAAGGGAACUGUUGCUUUCUGCAAUGUUGCAAGCAGUGCAAAUGCAAUAAUGCAGCCUUCAUGUUCCUGUUUAAAUCUAGCAUUCAAUAAGCUUGCCUUGUACACAGUCCUUCCAGCAAAUCACAUACCACAUUGGCGCUUUAAUGCAAGACGAGGUUUUAAUUAAGCUCCAUCAUUAGACUUAAUUUAGGGAGGAUUGUGUGUAACAUUUCUCCCAUAAACAGCUUAUAACUACGUUAUUAAACAUUGAAGUAUCGUUCGGAGACUAAUCAGUCAAUUCACUUUCUAGUUGCUAUCAAUAUAAUCUUUCCUACACUAAAACCCAGCUCUGCAUGAGUUUAGUGUACUCUCAUGAUAACUGUAUUUGAUAUUGUAAUCUUUUCCCCUGCAUACCAGGAAACUCUAUAGUUCAAAGAUUUCAUAGCCGUUAAUUCCUGCGUGUCUACAGUCGUAAUAUUUUAUGAGUUUUUUUUAUCAUACUAGGGGUCUUAUGAUAUAGGUUUACAAACUAAUCAUUUUAUUUGAGUACAUUGAAAUGAACAAUUAUAGUGUAUCAUAGAGGACCGCUUGAUACAAUUAAAUUAUUUUGUUUACUUGACAUGCAAUCCUGGCAAUUGCUGCAGUGUAAUAGUAAGGCUUGGUUCAUGAUAACCAGCGAUAAUUGCUUUGCUUUAUAUAAGAAUAGUAACACAACCAACAACAGACUAUUGUGAAUAAAUAAUAUUGUAAAUGUAGACGAAAAUGUUAAAGUGGUUUUGCAGAUUUAGCAAUUUCCUGCUUAGCAAUUUGAUAAAUGGACGCAUAAAUACAAACGCAUUACGGCAAAGGCUUACGAAAUAAUAUUACUAACUAAUGUUGCUUUUAACAUAGCCGGUAUAAUGCGACGGCAAAUGUAAGGUGCCAAUGAAUGGACUGCACAAGUUGCUGACACUGAGCUGAGGAUACUGUAGUAAAUGAAAAAAAGACUUCCUGGUGAAAACACUUUGAGCUAUGCGUUGCCCAUUCAAAUAUAACACUAUUUUCUGAAUGCUAUUCAGUUUUGAGAUAAUAAUUUGGAUAUAAAUACCAGUUCUGUAUUGUGCAGGCCUCAGGAUCCCGAGAAUUCUCUCGUUCAAGGCUGCAAGAAAUAUUUGUCUGCAUCGGGCCUUGUCUUUCUUACUUCCCAAGUCACCAUCCUAGAUGUUUUACUUUUCGUCGCUUACAAAAUCACAAUUGGUUUGACUUUGUUCACCAUGAAUUCGAAUCUUAUUUAUAUUAUGAGGAGGUGUAUUGUAAUAAAGGCACACUGUUGGCUCUUGUUCAACAAUUCGUUGUAUACAUAAACAAACCAUCCAGCUUAGCCUAUUGCUCCCAGCAGUUGUUGAAUCAUCAUAUUACUCCAGAUACAGUCGCUGUAUGCAUUAUAAAUAGUAAAACAAUGACUGUGAAAUAUUAUUUUACUUGGAGACAAACUAUUCACGUUUACACUAAUCAGGCGUUAUGAUUUUCCGUUAUGAUAUUUGACGAGGGUAAAUAUAAUGCCAAAAUCAGUGCACCAAGCGUUUUUUUUUCAGUUUACAUAUAUUCAAGCAUGUUACAAAAUAAUUCUAAAACACCCAAAACAACAACUGGUUUUCCCUUAUCCCACUACUCCUGGCCUUGCCUAGAAGGUUAGUUUUGCUUCAAUCCAUACCAACUCCCAUUUUUAAUUCAGACGACGAAUUAACUAAUAAGAGCAUUGUUACUGAUGUCUCAUUGAUUCAAAUGGAUGCAUUACCUGCCCUGUCUUAUUGCUCGCCUCUUAAGUUAUUCUUUCAGUUCUGCUGAAUGAUUUCAUGCAGAAAAAAUACAGUUGAAGAACAUUCAAAGCCAAGUUGGUUGCCUUUUGCUCACACAAGAUUAGGUGUUAAGAACAGGAUUGUGAUUUAUUUGGAAUGAAUAAGAUUCAGAUAAUUAUGUAUAACUUGAAAUAUUAAUUGAUUGCAAUGAUUUGUAUGUGCGACGCAACAUCAAGGCAUAGUGUACGAAGUUAUGGCUUAGAAUCGGUGUUCGCUUCAACUGAGCCUAAAACUUAGCAGUGCACGGGCGCCUGAAUGUUAACAGUACAGAUUUGGAUCACAAAACCUAUCAAAUCAAAAAUACGUUGUACAAAUAAAGAGCCGCAAAUAAUCUACGGAAAUGGUCUUAUAUUCUCUUCAGUAUGACUUACAAGUCUCGCAGGUAUUUAUACGUCUUCUUGUUCAUUUUGAAUAUCUGUAGAAUUUUUGAAGUUUAAUUUAGGCUAACAUUCGCAAAAUCCGAUAACAUUUUCAACAGUACAUUUACAUCCCAAAAGAAGUAAAGAGAGGAACCGUGACAGCCUUGACCCUGACACUGUCCCCUUUCCUGUUCGUCUUGCUGAGAAGAAAAUCUCGUCGGCUUUGUGUGUACUUCCCAUAGCUGCUCCAUAGCUGAUGCCCAUCGUGGUUUACAUUUUCUUGAACUCCAAAGGAUUCUCCCAGUGACCGGAAGUAGGUAUGUACUGUUAAACGGCAAAUUUUCUCCAGUUGGAGCGUUCUGAAAAAUAGCUGCAAGCGGUGUUAACACAGUUCUGCAACUCCAUCCACAAGAGUGAAUCCCGAAAAUAUCAAGCACUAUCACUGCUGGCGCUGGGGAGAAAAUACGGUGUGUGUCUUUCCGUUGCUUUUGGCGAUGUUUUGGUUGUCGAUUGUUGGCACAUGUCCAACUUAGUUAUCAACAGCUCAACAUAAACGUGUGAGAGAAUUAGAAAAUUAAGAUCUAUUUUUAGGAUAAGCUAGUCGAGACCAAACACCAGAAGCACCGACUAAAUUUAUAUCCCCUAAACUAAUAGCAAGGAUUGCAAAUCGUGUUUUUGCUCAGCCACAGUGUUGGAAGGUGCCUGUGCAAAUGUUCAAAUGCAAUUACAUUAUUGAAGUGUUUGGCGUCAACAUCUGAAAGCCUGCACUCUAGCUACCUUAAUGGAAAGUACAGAGCGUAAGAUGUUUUACGGAAAUUCAAAUGUGGACUCUUAUCGCCGCUGGUAAAGGUCAAUUUUCGGAACUUACAUUAGUUUUAUUAUAUAUUGAAAUGUUUUUCAUGUUUUCCACUAAUUAUAAUUGAAUGCUAUCAAGGAAAAAGUUGGACCAGUGAAUGCAGAUAAAAAAAUACAAAAAAAAACAAUUCUUACACUGAUUUCACCAAAUGUUUGGUUCACAUCAGAGCAAUGUGCACGGUCCCUAGGUUUAUAUACAUCUAAAAGCCGUGUUAUGCACUAUGCAAGCAAUUGAUGCACCGCCGGCAUCGCUGAAACUGCAAAAACAAUCAGAUCAGAAACCUGCUCUGUACACGUUUCAUUUCGCCGACAUUUUCAAACAAGGACUAUGUUUUAAUUUCCAAAGUCCAGAAAUUACAGCGAUUUUUUUCUUCUAUCCUUUUCUUUCAGCUUAUCGAAAACGAAAUGAUUGGAUUUUAGCAGCACGAUCAUCACUGUUGUUUGAGAAGAGAUCAAAACUCCAAUAAGCAACUGGCUAACAGCAAAGAGUGGAAGGAAGAAGAGAUGUCCUUAUACAAAAUAUCAGACAC